AUGAAAAAUUAAAAAUUGCAAAAAAGUUAACAGAGGGUUAACAGAGGACCGUCGUUAACUCGAGUUUAACAUCGUCGCUAACUUUACGGACAUUACUGGGAGCCGGCUAAAAUACUGAGUGCCAAUAUUUCUUUAAUUUAGGUAUGGAACGUUUUGAAAUGAUAAAACAAUUAAAUGAACGCAUGGUUUUUGUACCAAAUAUUGAGACACUGCCCAUGGAGCAAUUGGAGCAGAUCUAUAGAGGAUUUAUAGUGCCUCAACCACGCCGUGAGCAGAGAGAACGACAACAACAACCAUCACAGAAUGCGGAGACUGCUUUAUCCCUGCCCUUGGAAAUGGAGCAAUUACGAAAGCGCAUUCAAGUUGUCUCCAUGGCUGAGAAUAGGAAAAGGGGUAUACAAAAUGAUGCAAAUACAAUCGCGCAACGCAAACGCAUUAAGAUGGACCUGCUCUGACCUCCAGU